AUGUCAAACUCUAGCGAGCGCAAGCCUGUCCCUGACCAAGCCGAGGAUGACGCUUGGUUCCCCUCUCCCUUCUCUUUGACGCAAUACACCGCUCCCAAGACCGACUUUGAUGGCGCCAACUACCCCAACGCAUACAAAGGAGGGAAAUGGAAGGUCCUCCUCAUUGCCACGCAGGAACGGUACCUGAAGAUGGCCGGCGGCGAGUUCUUCUCGACGGGCAACCAUCCUGUCGAAAUGCUGCUCCCAAUGGUUCAUCUUGACGCUGCUGGCUUCGACAUCGAUAUCGCUACCAUCUCCGGCGACCCUGUCAAAUUCGAGAUGUGGGCUUUUCCCAAAGAGGACGAAGCAGUGAAGGGCAUCUAUGAGAAGUACAAGCAGAAGAUUCGCAACCCGCUCAACCUCGAGGAGGUGUGGGGCAAUGGUUUCUCGGCCGACACGCCCUACAUCGCUGUCUUCAUCCCGGGGGGUCACGGUGUCUUGAAUGGUGUUCCAGAUUCGGCGACGGUCGGAAACAUUUUGCGUUGGGCUCAUCAGAAUGAGCGAUACUAUAUCACUUUGUGUCACGGACCGGCCAGUAUGCUUGCCGCAGAUGUUGGAAAGCCUGCAGGAAGCAAGUUCAUCUACGAUGGCUAUCAGAUUGUGGUGUUCCCCGAUUCGCUUGACUCGGGUGCAAACAUCGACAUUGGAUACAUUCCUGGCAAAAUGGAAUGGCUUGUUGGCGAUCGCCUGCGAAAGCUAGGGGUCAAGACGUUGAACGAGGGAAUCACUGGUCAGACACAUCAGGACCGGUACCUGCUCACCGGCGACUCGCCGCUUGCGUCCAAUAAUCUUGGAAAGCUUGCAGCCGAUGUACUGCUGAAAGAUGUGGUCGGUCGGAAGUAG